GGGUGGAGAAGCCUGAUUCAGCGGAGUAUCCGGCUGGAGCAGGUGCACACCCAGCCCAGCCGGGAGCAACUUCCCAGCUCAGCGCAGGCAGGGCGGGGCCCGAGGUGCCGCUCCCCGCAAAGGAGGGGCAGACGAGGCAGCCGGGAGGGGGAGGCAUCGGCCCGGGGGGCAGGACACACGCACCCGCCGCCGAUCCGGAUCUGGCUCCGCUGCUCCUGGAGCGAGCCCAUGGAGCCGCUGUGGGGGAACCGCAGCUGUGCGAACGGUUCUUUGGUUCCUAUUUCUUGCUCUUCUCGUUGGAUCAUAUGCCAGGUGAUCAGUGACGGCAACCUGACCACCUCUGUCCAUAAGAAUCUCACUUUGCACAGCAGCUGGGUAACACAAGUAGAAAGCAAAUAUGGAUUCUACAUUGGUUUGGCCCUUGCCAUCUUCUCCAGUUUCCUCAUCGGCAGCAGUGUCAUCCUCAAGAAGAAAGGGCUGCUGCGUCUGGUGGACAAAGGGGGCACCAGAGCAGGAGACGGAGGUCAUGGCUACCUUAAGGACUGGUUCUGGUGGGCUGGACUGUUAACCAUGGGUGGAGGGGAAGCUGCCAACUUUGCUGCCUAUGCGUUUGCGACUGCAACUAUCGUCACCCCCCUUGGCGCCCUGAGCGUGCUCAUAAGUGCCAUCCUAUCGUCCUAUCUGCUCGGAGAGCGGCUAAACCUGCUUGGGAAGCUAGGCUGCAUGCUGAGCAUUGUGGGUAGUACAGUAAUGGUGAUACACGCCCCAGAAGAAGAGGAGGUCACCACUCUGGCCGAAAUGGCUUCAAAACUGAAAGAGCCCGGUUUCCUUGCUUAUGCUGCCAUCCUCUUAGUAGCCUGCCUGAUUCUGAUCUUCUUCCUUGCACCCCGCUAUGGGCAGCGCAACAUUCUCAUCUACCUCACCAUCUGUUCCGUGAUUGGUGCCUUCUCAGUGUCUUCCGUCAAAGGACUGGGGAUUGCCAUCAAGGGCUUCUUUGCUGACCAGCCUGUCCUGCAGAACCCGCUGCCCUGGAUCCUCAUCCUCAUGUUGGUGGCUUCCGUCACCACUCAGAUCAACUACCUCAACAAAGCACUAGACAUUUUCAACACCUCCUUGGUAUUUCCUAUCUACUACGUGUUAUUCACCACCAUAGUCAUCACCACUUCUAUCAUCCUCUUUAAGGAGUGGGUUGCCAUGUCGGUGGUGGACAUUAUUGGGACAGUUUGUGGCUUUGUCACCAUUAUUUUGGGGGUGUUUUUACUCCAUGCCUUCAAAGACAUGGACAUAAAUUUAGGGAACCUACCACAAGUUCUUCAGAACAGCGACCAGGCACCAGCAAUCAAGGAUGACAAGAACAUUCUGAUAGAAGUGGACAAUUCUGACAUGAUUGCCGAUGAUAAACCCAAAGUAUUCAUGAUCUACAGCUAAAGCAGUGAUAUAAAUGUUCAAGGGCAGAGGAGCAAUUUUAAAGCAAAAGCACAGAAAGUAAAACUAAUCAUGGAUCUGACCCAAUGCUACAGGAGUCAAAUGCAGUCUUCCAAUGGGCUUUGAAGCAGGCCUGAUGUCAUAACACGAGCAAGGGGUAUAUUUUGUGUUCACCAUAAGACAUCAACAUGAAUAGCUGCUGAAAGUGGCAACUCCCUUGAAAUAUGCCAAGCUUGGAGCAAAAUUCUUCUCUGGGAUCCUUUCUGAAGGCCGGUCUCUCAACAUUGUCAGUUCCUAGUGCAUGAGCUGCACACUUUUUCCUAAGCAGAACUCCGGCUCAUGUUGUGCUUACUUCAAACUGACCUCCACUGACUGACUGAUUAGUGGGUUUUGAUUUCUUUACAGCCCCUAGCCCAAGGGCUCUAGGUACUUCUACAAAACUUAAAAUACAUAGCAACAGCAAACAAAACAGGAAGACCCCCCAGUGAAUAUUCUGCCCUUGCAAACCCCCUGGGCAGCUUACCCAGACAGAUAGCAACAGCAAGUCCUGACAUAUGACAACCCCAUAAUGUUUCCAAUCCCCGAAAGCCUGGGGGAAAAGAUGGGUUUUCAGCAUGCCAUGGGCUUGUCAGAGCAAGUUCCAUAGUAAAAGGUCCACUCAUAGAAAAAACUCUCCUCUGACCCACCAACCUCCUCUUUUUAAAGCCAAGACACACCCUCAUCCUGGGCAAGUAAAUAUUUAGACAGGCAAGUAAGGUAUCAUUUGUUUUUGUUGUCAUCCUACCAAAGGGCAAUCAGACAGAUUUUGUACCUAGUAAAUUGUCAGGGUAAUUAUGCAACAUGACUUUAUGACCUCUGAUGAUUUUAACCACAGCAGUGUAACAUGGGGCAUUCCACACGAGGCUCUAGUGCAGAAUUUGAGAGGGGCUUGAACCAAUCAUCCUUAAAGAGGAAGUUCAGGUCAGAUCUGAACAUAGUUUCUGUCGCUUUAGUGAGACAAACCAAAACCUCAGGUCCCAACACCCUAAAUGUUGAGAAAGUUUGAAGCUGAAUUUUGCAGCUCUCACCCCGCCCGGUGCAGAAUAUACCCUAGCAGUGCAGGGAAGUAAGCAGUGUUUGUCCUAAGGUGGUGAAAGCUGCCACAACUGCCUAACUGCAGGAGAACCUAGUCUAUCUGAGAGCAUGAAUGUAGAAGAGUGGACUCACUGCUGGAACUCCACCCCCAGUCCCCAAAUUGCUGGAUGAUGUGGUAUAAAAGGCUCUCCUCUAGCAUCCCCAUCUAAAGGACCCCAAAGAAAGCAGCCAAACUCCAUCCACUGCUUGCUGCCUCCCCAGACCACUUCCUGUCUCAGCCUAUUUCUAGCUUUUUCCACAGCCCCUUCCUGAGCUCAUACCUCCCCAGACUCUUCGCUCCCCUCCCAGGCACUGCAGAGUUCUUGCCCAUUCUCCAUCAGAGCACUACCUCCCCGGCCUUCUCCCUAGAAGCCCAUUCCUACCAAGCCACUACCACUCAGGGCUUCUUCCCUGGACUCCCUUCCCCUAUUCUAGGGCCUCAGCUCCAGUCUACCCCCAAAGCCAGCCACCUAUGAGUUCGCAAAAAAGAAAAGGAGUACUUGUGGCACCUUAGAGACUAACAAAUUUAUUUGAGCAUAAGCUUUCGUGAGCUACAGCUCACUUCAUCGGAUGCAGACUAACACAACUAUGGGUUGACAUCCUCUGAAGCCCACCUACAUCCCUCUCCCAUUAGGGCCAGCCCCAGGCUGCAACCUCCCUCCAACUGAGCACAUGCUGCCUUUUGUGCAAACCCUCUUGCUCUCAGCUGGGCCCAAUCAUGAAUCAAAGCCACCUGGUCCCCAGCCAGUUAGGAGCAUCUGGAGGGGGCAUUGACUCCUUUAUAGAGUGAGCCAGCUAGUGACAAUGAGCUAAUAGCCGGUGCAAAGUAGCAAUCAUACGAGGCAGAGCUCAAUAUUGCCAGUGGUGAAGAGCUGUAGAAUGUACACCCCAGGCCCUAAAUGAUCUCUGAUUCCGUUUCCUCUGGACACGAGGUCGCGCUGAAUGGCUUAGCAGGCAACUGGAUGAGAGAAUGCAGUUCUGCUGCUCUUGAUCUAAUGAUUUCACAUUAGAUAGCCCCAGACUUCAGCUUGGUAGUUCAGAGCAGUUUGGACCUGGGGGGGAAGGGGAGUUGAUUCAGUCUUUUACAGAGAUGAACGCUUAACCAAAUGCCAAGAUUUCAAUUGGCUCGGCUUGGAAUUACCAACAGAUUUCUAAGGGGUUGGCUGUGAAGUUUUGGUUCAGCCCCAUCUGUGCGUUGACCUGUUCUACUAGGACAUUGCUUUGUGCUGAGUAACACUGUGGGCUGUGACACUGCCAGGAUUGCAUUUUAAAUUAUCUGCAUUCACUAGAAAGGUGAACGAUGCCACUUAAAGCUAUAGGGCCAGAUUCUGCCAGUUUAUGGUGAGUAGUAACUUUGCAAUGGGACUUCCUCUGCAGGAAGGGACCAUUCAGCUUGAGUAAUAAUGGCACAAUCCACACCUUAGAGAAUUUUUUUUUUUAAACAGGGCUUUGGCAAAGUGUGUAUAUGUAUAGUAGAAAUUAACUUUUGUUUUUGUGAGCUGGGGGUGGGGGGGGGGAGUCGUUUCUUGCAGCACAAUGUUAAUUAGGUCUAAUUGAUGCUGAGCUUCUUCUGUAAAGUUACUGAGCCUGAUUCUGCCCUUGCAUGAGCCAGUGUAAAUUGGGAGCGAGCUCAGCGGAGCUACAGCUGGGUAACAUCAGCAUUGGAGAGUGGCGAAUCACUGACUGUCACUGGCUUCCUCAAGACUUAGCACCUUUCCUUGGUCAGUGAAAGUGCUUCUUUAGCCUGGAAGACCAGUUGGGUGCAAAUGCUAAAGACUUUUUUGGCAAACGAGAUUAGUAACCAAAUAGGCAAAUGUUUUCAAAGCUGAGGUUUGGGAGCCCAUUGUGGGCUGUUUGGGGAAUUUGUGGGAUCCCACUGUGGGAUUUGCAAAGCUAGUUUCCAAUUUUUUUACUCCCUCUCAUUUAAACCCAUAUGCUUUUUGUCUCCAAGGGAAGUGUGGGCUGUACGUUAGAAGCUAGGCUGGCAAAAGUGGGUAACUGAUCUCUGGCUGUACAGAUUUUUUUUUAUUAGAAUUUUUCUUCCCUCACCUUGUCUUUGCACAUUCUCUCUGUCUGUGGUUUGCACUGUGCCCUGCUCACCUUUCCCUUGGAUUUUUACUCUUCUCCACACAGCUCCCUCUUCCACAGUCUCUCAGCCACAACCCCCACAGUCUGAGUCCUCCACCACCUUUUGAACCCACAAGGUGAGCUUUAGUUAAUCCUGAAUCAGGGCUCGGUUGCUGGUAGCAACCACUGUGUGCUGAGUAACAGGGAGCCUUCAGAUGAUUGUGAUCUAGUUCCCCUACAGCCAAGCAUCGCUCAUGUCAGUCUCCUAAAAUCGCACAUGGAUCCCUGAAAAACAGCUCAGCUCUCUUUGGAUCUGGUUUAAGAACACGGCUGGUCUCAGCACACAGGUAGACCCUCUACGUACUGGCAUCCGAGCGCUGAGUUCAAGGGGAAGAUCAGCAGCUGGGCUAAAUUGUCAUAGCUCCGUUGACUUUAAAUGGAGCGAGGAGCCCUCCGGUGUCUGGGUUUUUUAAGGGUUGGAGAUGGCAGAAGAUUUAAUAGAUACAGAGCCAGCGUUUUCCAGUGAAAACCCCCAGCGUUAUUUUAUGAGUGGAAGGUUCAGCUAAUGAGCUCAGCAUGUCGGCACUAUGGUCAACGCACGUCACUUGUGGCCAGCUGAAUAUGUGGGGUGUCAGUGUCCUGGGGCAGGAGAUUGGAGCAAGAUGCUGAGCCGGAAGUCACUGCUGGGAACUGUGAAAGUCAGUGUCCCCUAGACUCUGCCAGGGAGCUGCCAGAGCUCACAUUACGUCCUUUGGGGUCCUCAGCACAAGGUGAUACAAGACACUGUCUGGCCCUGCCUGCAAGAUCCUGGGAGCUUUGUUCCUAAUGAACAUGCUGUAUAUGUACUGGGAAGAGGCAGAAUUAAUGUAACUCUGUGACUAGCUUUGAUGUUUAACUAGAGGCAACCCCCACGUUCAAUGACAUUUCAAUAACAUCUGUACUUAGAGGGAGAAUAAAGGAGUUUUAUAC